UGGGAAAUGCAGCCAGAGCCCCACCAGGAAGUUCAGGGCGAGUGACGGGUGUGUGCUUCUUUCAACAGCCGAGCCGCAAUGAAGAGCUUCUUACAGUGAAAGCAAAGUAGGUCGCGCCCACUGAAAAUGCCUUUAAGGGACAAAUACUGUCAGACUGACCACCAUCAUCACGGAUGCUGUGAACCAGUUUAUAUCCUGGAACCUGGAGAUCCUCCUUUGUUACAGCAACCACUACAGACAUCCAAAUCUGGCAUUCAGCAAAUAAUUGAGUGCUUUCGAUCAGGAACUAAACAACUUAAGCAUAUUUUAUUAAAAGAUGUGGACACUAUUUUUGAAUGUAAAUUAUGCCGCAGUCUCUUCAGAGGAUUACCAAAUUUAAUUACCCAUAAAAAAUUCUACUGCCCACCAAGUCUCCAGAUGGAUGACAACCUUCCUGAUGUAAAUGAUAAACAAAGCCAAGCCAUAAACGAUCUCCUAGAAGCCAUAUAUCCAAGUGUGGACAAGCGAGAAUAUAUUAUUAAGCUAGAACCCAUAGAAACUAAUCAAAAUGCAGUGUUUCAGUAUAUUUCAAGGACUGAUAAUCCCACUGAAGUUACAGAGUCAAGCAGUACUCCUGAGCAAACAGAGGUUCAAAUGCAGGAAAUUAGCACUGAACAGUCUAAAACAGUACCAGUUCCAGAUACAGAGGUGGAAGCUAUAGAGCCCCCUCCUGUUGAGAUAGUUGCAGAUGAAGUUGUAGCUACACCUGAUGAACAACCUCAGGAAUCACAGGCUGACUUGGAAACUUCUGACAGUUCUGAUUUUGGUCACCAGUUGAUAUGUUGUCUUUGUAGAAAAGAAUUCAAUUCCAGACGAGGUGUUCGUCGUCACAUUCGAAAAGUACACAAGAAAAAGAUGGAAGAACUAAAAAAGUACAUUGAAACACGAAAGCAUCCAAACCAGUCCUCUAAAGGACGCAGUAAGAAUGUUCUAGUUCCAUUAAGUAGGAGUUGUCCAGUGUGCUGUAAAUCAUUUGCUACAAAAGCGAAUGUAAGGAGGCAUUUUGAUGAAGUUCAUAGAGGACUAAGGAGGGAUUCAAUUACUCCUGAUAUAGCAACAAAGCCUGGGCAGCCUUUGUUCCUGGAUUCAGUUUCUCCUAAAAAAUCUUUUAAGACUCGAAAACAAAAGUCGUCUUCAAAGGCUGAAUACAAUUUAACUGCGUGCAAAUGCCUCCUUUGCAAGAGGAAAUAUAGUUCGCAAAUAAUGCUUAAAAGACAUAUGCAAAUUGUACACAAGAUAACUCUUUCUGGAACAAACUCUAAAAGAGAGAAAGGCCCUAAUAAUACUGCCAACAGUACAGAAAUAAAAGUUAAAGUUGAACCAGCAGAUUCUGUAGAAUCUUCACCCCCUUCCAUUACCCAUUCUCCACAGAAUGAAUUAAAGGGAACAAAUCAUUCAAAUGAAAAAAAGAACACACCGGCAGCACAGAAAAAUAAAGUUAAGCAAGACUCUGAAAGCCCUAAAUCAACUAGUCCGCCUGCUGCAGGUGGCCAGCAAAAAACCAGGAAACCAAAACUUUCAGCUGGCUUCGACUUUAAGCAACUUUACUGUAAACUUUGUAAACGUCAGUUUACUUCCAAACAGAAUUUGACUAAACACAUCGAGUUGCACACAGAUGGAAAUAACAUUUAUGUUAAAUUCUACAAGUGUCCUCUUUGCACUUAUGAAACUCGUCGGAAGCGUGAUGUGAUACGACAUAUAACUGUGGUUCAUAAAAAGUCUUCCCGCUACCUUGGGAAGAUAACAGCCAGUUUAGAGAUCAGAGCUAUAAAAAAGCCCAUUGAUUUUGUUCUAAAUAAAGUGGCAAAAAGAGGCCCUUCGAGGGACGAAGCAAAACAUAGUGAUUCAAAACAUGAUGGCACUUCUAACUCUCCUAGUAAAAAGUAUGAAGUAGCUGACGUUGGUAUUGAAGUCAAAGUCACAAAGAACUUUUCUCUUCACAGAUGCAAUAAAUGUGGAAAGGCAUUUGCCAAAAAGACUUACCUUGAACAUCAUAAGAAAACUCAUAAGGCAAAUGCUUCCAAUUCACCCGAAGGAAACAAAACCAAAGGCCGAAGUACAAGAUCUAAGGCUCUUGUCUGAUAACUUCAAGUGAUGUACGAAAAGGUUUGGAGUUCAUUUUUGUGGAAAGACUUUAAAUUGGUGUUAGAACCACUAAACGUCUUCAAAUGGUACUAUGAGGAAAAAGAGAAAACCAUUUUCAUAAAUAUUCAACUGUAACUGCUGUUUUCUGACUAAAUUAAUAACCAUCUGACCACUUGUCUCUCAGGCCCUCCCUGCCUCUUCCAGCACUUUCAAGUAGCUGUGACAUUAAACAUACCGUCAUCACAGUCCAUCAGCUAACUACCCUUGACCUUGUGCAUUUGGCCUACCAUUUCUAACAAAAAUACCGCAAAUUCUGUUUUCUGAACAGUUUGUCGAGUAAAGCAAUCAACAACCUGAAGAAAAUAUCACCACUGGUGAUUUUUAAUUGACACAGGCUUUCUAUCAUAGGGAUUUUAGCUUUGUUCCACUUUAUUUGGCAAAAUUUUCAUCUUGAUUGUACAGAUAGAUAUAUUUUCUAGUUAGUCUAUGAUAAGAGCAAAAGGCAAAUUAGUCUCAACACAUUAUGAAUAUUUAGCUUACUAAAUAUUUGUGAUUAUUUUCAUAUCCAUUUAUUCCUAACUUAUUCUCCAGCACUUAAGUGUUUGAAAGUUUCAUUCUAGAGAAGAUGAUACAAGAAAGUUCCAGUUCAUUUUCAUGCGUGGAUCAUUACAUUUUUCAUUUGUUAACAUCUGAGCUUUUGGUGAAAAUUAAACAUUCCCCUAUUUUCCUUUAAAUUUUAUACACAAGCACUUUAAUGAUAGAUGCAACUUAAUUUUUCCAGUUUCUUUUUUUUUUAAAAAAAGACCACACAUUUGCUAAUGUUAAUAUGAAGGUAAUAAAUAACUUACUUAAUGUUUUAUAGAUGCAGACAAUCCAUGCACAACCACUUCUUAUGAUACUAGUGUAUUUCCUUAAAUAUUGCUAAAAAAAGAUGGAGUAGAAACUUGAUUUUUUUUUCCCCUCCCAGAAUAAAUUUUAAAUGACCACUUUAGAUAAUAUUUGAUUCCUACUGUAAAACUUGGAGAAUAAUGAAUUCUUGUCCAUUUUUGUAAUCAAGAUUUUAGGAAAAACAAGUCCAUUUAUCUUUAUGAAAUUUUGGGCAGGUUUUUGUGUAUUAAUAUUUUGUACUUUUUAGGGAAUAUUUUAUUUUUAGUAAUUUGUGUCAAAUUAUAAUUUUAAAAGGUACAGCAGAAAAUAUACCAUGUUUUUAUGUAGGUUCAUACCUGUAUUUAGGAAGGACUCUGUCCAUCUUAUAUACUUUUUGUAUAAAAUUUUAAAAUGUUGAAGAUCCACAAGGUCAUAGUAAAAAGCUUCUAUAGGUAGAAAAACAUUUACCCUUCCUAGUGCUUUGCACUAAAAUAUACUGUGAAAGGAAAUUAGAAGGACUGUAACUGUUGCUGGAAAUGUUCUAUAUUGAAUGUACAUGCUCUUGUUGGAAAAAUGUACUUAUAUGUGAUGGAAAUAAACCAGACUCGAAAUUAUUUCAGCUAAAUGUGCUUCAACAAAGGUGCAUUGGUUGAAACUUAAAUGUUUUAUUGUCAAAUUUAAAGUUAUUCAGUGACUAUGAGCAGCUACACUUGAAUUAUAUUCUGAUAGUUUUAUUUUUAAGAAUUACAGUAAUAAUUUCUCUUUAAUUUAAAAGCAGAUUUACUUUUCCUCAUAUGGAAAACUUGUACUUAUAGGUCUAACUUUAAAGAUUAAUAGUGUAAUAUAUUUAGGGAACUAAAUGUGUAGGUGGUAUUCCAUUUAUAAACCGUCUUCAUCAGUUGCACAUUAUUAAACCUCUGUGUUUGACUUUUGCAAGGUGUUAUCUUUUAUGCAUUCCUACACACAAGACAUAUUCCAAAGAAAUUUUCCAGUCUUAAGUACCUAUAACCAAUGAAAAGAUAGGAGGAUUCCUUAGAUAUUUGGGGGAGCUCUUUGCUGCAUCCUCUCGUGUACGUCAGCCUUUUCCUCUCUGCUUUACUUGUUAAAUAUUGUGGGAAAGAAAGAAAACUGGUCUGCUCAUGGAGGAGGGGAGCCCAAUGGCUGAAAUUCCCUUACCCCACUCACGUUUUUCCAUGGGGCUGUUCAAAGCGUAUUUCCCCUGUAAUAAUUCUAGGGCCACAGAGCAGGAAUUUAGGAGGAGGAAAUGAGGGUUCCAGAGAUUGUCAAAAGAUUUCAUCUGGGUCGUAUAGAAAAAAAAUAGCACUGUGUCAGGACUUGCCUAUAUUAGAAGUGGCUGUAGGAAUUAGGAAUAUUUUUUCAUAAUAGCCAAAUUAAUUAAUCACAGAAGACAAGAGUUAGAAGCAGUGGCAUUACACUGGGACCAGUUUAGGAAGGUAAAUGAUUAGAAAUUAUUUGUUCUUCCUAUUCCUUUCUGGUCUUCAUCUUCUUGGUUUUAUUUUGGUUCUUGAGCUCUUUCAUCUCAGAGGCUAAGGUUUUUGAGGCCUAAGAAAUUUGUGCCAGAAUCUUUUCUGCAUGUAGGCUACGUAAACAAAUAUUUACAUGCCUUUUUGUUGUUGUAAGGAGGGUAGUUAAUCAGAUAAAGAGCCAUCAGAAGUUGCUUAUUUAUAUUAAGACGUAUCUGUGGUUAUAGAUUAUAUCCACCUUUACUGCUGUUUGAUCUUGUCAGAGUUUUUUAUGGAAUUCACCUUAUCUAAUAGACUUUCCACUCUUAAAUGUGAUGAAAGAGGAGAAACAAUAAGUAUUGCUUGCACUUCAACUUCAUAAGUUUAGACAGUAUAAGUGAGAACUGGAUGAGAUAUGGCUAACAUUGGAUAGGUGUUCAUUAGAACAUACACAAGGGCUUGAGUACACAACAACAACUUUUUUGGUUCAUAACCUCUUUUUUCCUCUUUACUCAUUGCUUUAAAAAGAGAACCUUUGAAGAAUGCGCAAAUUACACAUCCUUAAUAUUUAGCCUAGUUUUGUGUAUAUGUGCAAGUUUUUUGGUUGACAGAUUGCUUUUAUUGUCGAAAAAUACCUUCACAUUUUUAGGAAAAUGUUAUAUUGCUUUGUGGUUAAUAGGCUGUUCCUCUCAGAUGCUUUAAAGAGCCUGUGGAGGCAGUAGUGGGGAGCUUUUUGGUUUUGCGAUGACGUAAGGCUUUGGGAUAAACAGGAAUUUCCCCAUAGGUAUUAUGGCACGUAGGUAUGGCGAAAGGCCCAGUAGAUACCAGUUCCUGUUGUGAAGUUGCAAAAGAUCUUUUCAGAGAGCAUGGCCAUUGAAAGUAAGAGAGACACACUUCUAAAAAUGUAAGAAAUUUGGCCUCCAGGUUUCCUCUAGCACAAGGCCUUAGUUUGACUUGCGGAAGUUACUUUUCUUAAGGAACUCAUAGGCUGUGAGGAUUAUGGUUUAGCCAUGACUCUCAGUUGAUCUGAAGCCUAGCUAUAAUGUAUGUCAACCAUCAUGUUGGCUGUGCUGUUAGAAUUCUGUACUCUGCUAGUUUUUCCCUCCUCUCGAGGAAACCUUGGGAUUUAAAAGGAGUAAGGAUCUUCUGUGUUUUCUGAAGUAUUAGGCACAUGGUAGAAUGCAGGAUAAAACAAAUUUCCAUUAACUUUUGGCGUUCCUAACUUUCUGAAUCCAUUCUUCGUCUCUUUUACAAUUUGUUUCUGUAACCUUUUCUUCUGACUUCUGUUCUGAGCUUCCAGCUCUUGUCUUACCUUGUUUUCUCUCCUGGUUAAUUAGCAGAGAUCAUUAGUACCAACAUAACUAAAAACAUGUUUUGGGAGGAGGGUGAGAGGGUGGAAAACGGCUCAUUUUCUUCCUUAAUCUUUAUUGCUGGACACUGGAUUUGGCAGGUUUAUUACUUUAAAGCUUCCUUCUCUACAUCUUUCCACCACUGCCACACGACAAGGAGAGGAGAACUUAAUAGAAGACCACAGGUGCAUCUCGCGGGGAAAUGCCCAAAGUUGGAGUUUUGCUGUUUGUGCCCACUUAGCAGAAUUAAUUUGCUUGACUGUAUAUUUUUGAGGUCAGGGACUGUGUCUUGAUAAUUUUGUAUAGUGCCUAGCACUCCUUGAUGUAUACACAGGCACUUUAAAUAAAUGUUUGAUAACGACACUAAAGGAGUGGCCUUUUCCGUCGCAGAAUUGUACUAUCAUAUACUUUGAGACGCUGGGUCUUCAUUUCAUCAGUAUUGGUGGAUUUUGCUUAUUUUAGAAAAUAACACCAGUACUAGAUGAGAGUUUGUGAAAGUAAAGAGAAUUCUUAGUAAUAGCUAAUAAUAAUGAACAUUUGUGGUGUGCUUGUUGUAUGCCAAGCCCUCUGCUAACCCUUUGCAUGCAUUAUGCCCCUACUCUUACCAGCAGUCCUCUGAAAUAAGAACUGUUACUUCAUUAUUUCUAUUUUAUAGAACACAAAAUUGAAGCUAAAGAAGUUCAGUGAUUCACCCACGUUCACACAGCUAGUAAACUUAGCAGAGCUGAGACUUGACACUAGGUCCGACUCCAAAGCCUGUGCCCUUAAUUAGUACAACCUUACAUUUGCACAUAUUACUGUUUGCAAAGCGUGUUCAUGGCAUUACCUUAUUGGUAGCUAGGAUAAUGAUCUGGGACCAGAUAGUGAAAUGUUUGGAUUCACAAAUUACUUCCUGUGUGACCUUGGACAAGUUACUUAAACAUUCUGUGCCUUAGUACCUCAUCUCUUAAAUGGGAUAUUCCUUACCUCAGUGGAUUGUUUGGAGAAUAAAA